UUGCCUAAGCCAUCUGAUAUAUUUAUCGAAUUGGUAAUUAAUUUAGUAAUUAUCUCAAAUCGAAAAGAUAGAAAAAAAAGCUCAGAGAGAAAACUGAGAGGAUUAACUCUGAAAGGACAGAAAUUUUGUAUCGAAAGUAUCGCUAUUUUCAGCUAGCGAAAUUUAAAAUCCAUUUAUAUAAGAACUUGGAAAACAAAUUUUUUUGAAAUUAGACCAUUUAUUAAUAUGUAAAUAUUAUAUUCACAUUUUGUGAUGUCAGUAUAAAUGGAAUGUAAACCAAUGAGUUGAGUUAUCCAAUAUUGUGUUUAGAGAUCUAUCGAUGUAUCGAACGUGUGACGUGACGUCAGCCAUGCUUGGUCUUUUUGCUCAUAAUGGCCGACGCGUUGCUUCAAGUUGAAGAUUAAAAAUAAUAAAUAUUGUUAUAGUGAAAUAUUUACAAACUUCAUCGAUUUAAUUUGACUAUAUAAUUGUUAUAUUUAUUAUAUUAUAUCUAAUUUAUCUCCAUAUGCUGUUAAUAUUGUUUGUAUUAUAUUACGUUCAAUUGUUUUAUAAUAUCAACGAACGAAGCUCUUAAGAGUUUGUGGACAACCAUUACACGAUGCAGGCACAUGAUGUAGACGGUAUUGAUGGUGGAUCUCCAUGGAAUAAUUCAAGUGGUUGUGAGGAGGAAAGAAAACCAAACCAAAAAGAGGGGAAAAAAUCAAACGUCUUGUCACUAUGGGGAAACGAUCGGACUAUGAAUUUAAAUCCAUUGAUUUUAACUAAUAUUUUAUCAUCACAUUAUUUUAAAGUAAAUCUUUAUGAAUUAAAAACAUACCAUGAGGUUAUUGAUGAGAUAUAUUAUAAGGUAUCUCAUCUUGAACCAUGGGAAAAGGGCAGUAGAAAGACAGCUGGUCAAACGGGCAUGUGUGGAGGCCGGUUCAUGCAGGUUCGCGGUGUGGGAGCUGGUGGUAUUGUCUCAACGGCUUAUUGUCUCCUCUACAAAUUAUUCACACUGAGGUUAACUAGGAAACAAUUAAAUGGUCUUAUUAAUCAUCCUGAUUCACCUUAUAUUCGAGCACUAGGAUUUAUGUAUAUCAGAUACACACAACCUCCAGCUGAUUUAUUUAGCUGGUACGACGAGUACCUGGAAGAUGAUGAAGAGCUAGAUGUUAAAGCUGGCGGUGGACAAAUAAUGAAAAUGGGAGAUAUUUUAAAACAAUUUUUAACAAAACUUGAAUGGUUUUCGACGUUAUUUCCUAGAAUACCUGUGCCUAUUCAAAAAGAUCUAGAACAUCGACUGAGUCAAAGAUUUCCACAACAGUCAGCUAGUGCAAGAAAUGCUAAACCACCAAUUACUUUAAAUAAUCAUGGAAAAUGCAGCAAUAAUAGCAACCGAAAAGACAGUUCUAGUUGGAGAAGUCAGCAACAUGGCAAACAUAUAGCAGAUAGUGAAGCUGAUUGGGGUGAAGCUGAAUCUCAUGCGAGUCACUGGCGAGCCAGAUCCGAUGAAGAUCGCAGAGAUAAAUACAGAGAUCGUGAAAGGGAGAGGAGAAGAUCUCGUGAACGAGAACGAUCAAGAGAUAGAGCAAGGGUUGAUGAUAAAAAACGUGAUCGAUACUCUAGAAGAUCAAGCCGUGAUAGAAGCAGAAGGCAUAGAAGCCGCAGUGGAAGUAGAAGUCGUAGGAGAGACUCCAGCCGAGAACGUCGUGAUAAAUAUCGCGACAGGCGGAAUUCUCCUUUAGAUUAUUCUGCUGAACUUGCACGAGAAAAAGAACGUCAGCGAAGAGAUUAAAGAGAAAUUGCCGAAUUUAAAAUGUCAACAACUUUGUACCUAUCAAUAAGACUCAAAAUUUGAGGUAUCUAUUACAACCGAGCCAUUUAAAACUACAGCUCUACUUUGGGAUACAACUUCUAAAACGCCUAAAAUUAAUCUUAAGUUAGUUUAAUAUUCAUCUGGUAGUUAACAUAUAUGUAUGAAUACAUAUAUUUUUUUUUUUUAUAAAAUAAAAUACCAAUUAUUACCAAUGUA